ACGUCUAUAAAUACGCAUCUCCCAUUUUUCUGUUAACAUGGACACACCGUAUUAUAUCCUACCCCCAAAAAGAAAAAAUUUAAAAAAAAUUAAAAGAAAGAAAACGUCUCUCGGAGAAACAACACGCCCCCCGCAAAUUCUCUCUCCUCAAUCCCCAAUUCAAAUUUCUCUCUCUAAAAAAACAACACUUUCUCUCUCUACAUCUCGACAGCGAAAUCGAACUUUUCAAGAUAAACAACGAACAAAAAACAAAAAACCGAAAUUCGUAACCCUAACCCUAAAUCGCGAAAAACUUAUCCUCUAUUUCGUCUUCCUCUGCGCGUAAAAUCUCUGAUUUUUUAUUCAAUCUUUCUUCCUCUCCUUUCAAUUUCUGCCGUCGAAGGAACUUUUCGUUUCUAAAGGAAAAAAAAUAAAAAUUAGGGUUAGGGUUAGGAAUUUGUAAAUGGAUUUUUCUAGCGGUGGAAUUUAAUGAACGAAAAUAGCCGAUGUCAGGUAUACCAGAAGAUGAUGGGUAGGGGAGCCGAUGGUGGCUGUGGAACGGAGGAGAAGCCGUGUCCGGUAACUAAAAUUACGCCGGCGGCGAAAACUCCGGCGCCGGCGCCGACAAAGUCGCCGGAAAAUGUGGAGAGUGAAAUUUUAGGGGUGGACUUGUAUUCACAGGCGGUUAAGGCAUUGUCGGAGCGUUCACCGUUUGAUUCUAAUGAGGUUGUGGCGAAUAAAGUUGCUACACUCCCAAGUGGACUGGCGAGUUUGUUGUUGAAGCAAUCUGAUAGUAAGAAGAAGCAUAAGCGGGCGCAUUCGGAAACGAAAUCGUCUCGAAAAGGCUCGGUGGAGAAGAAGUCUAAGAGUCCUAGUAUAUGGAAUGCGUUAGAGGAUUACUUUAGGGAGCUGACUUUGCAAGAUAUUGAGAGGUUGUAUCAAUUCUCUUCUUCGUUUUUGAAUAGUAGUGAUAAAUGCUUUAAAAUUCCAGUGUUAGGAAAUGCUAUCAGAAGUAGUAGUAGUACUAUUGGUAAUGUCAGUAAGGUGGAAAAUGGGAAUGAUGAUUAUGUUCCAGCUACUGAAAUUAAGGAAGAGGAGGUUUUGGAUGCCGAUGUUUCGAUGCCGGAUGUUGCAGCUGUGCGAGAUAUUGAGGAGGAGGUUGGCAAAGAAAAUGAUAAGCUAAGGGAUGCAAAAAUAGAAAAUGGAACUAAGGAUAGUUUGGGUGUAGUCGAGGAGGGUCCUUUGCCUGAGUAUACUUUACCGUCGUGUAGCAGUACAGAAUGGGUUUUAGGUUCUAGGAACAGGGUGUUUUUGACAACAACACGUCCUUCGAAGAAAAGGAAGCUCUUGGGUGAGACCGCAGGGUUGGAAAGACUUAUAGUUGCUCAGCCUUGUGGAGAAAGUUCAAGUUUAUGCAAUGUUUGUAGUAUGGGAGACACAGGGGAUCAGUUGAACCAGUUGGUUGUUUGCAAGUCUUGUAAUGUUGUCGUUCACCAGAAGUGUUAUGGCGUGCAGGGGGAGAUAGAUGGCUCCUGGUCGUGUUCCUGGUGUAAACACAAUAUUGAUGCUCUAGAUGGACCAGCCUCAGAAAGUGAUAGACCUUGCGUUCUUUGUCCGAAAAGUGGAGGGGCUUUGAAGCCAUUUCAGAAUGCGGGGAGUGGAAGAGACCGCUCAGUUGAGUUUGCGCACUUGUUUUGUAGCAUGUGGAUGCCUGAGAUUUUCAUAGAUGAUACCAGGCAGAUGGAGCCGGUUUUAUGUCAUGGAAUGAAGGAUGUUCGAGGGAAGGUAGUUUGUAAUUUAUGCAAAGUGAAGCUGGGUUCUUGUGUCCGAUGCAGCGAUGGAUCAUGCAGAACUUCAUUUCACCCUGUAUGUGGGAGGGAGGCAAACAACAAACUUGAGAUCUGGGGAAAGUUUGGUUGUGAUGAUAUUGAACUGCGGGCCUUUUGUGCAAAACAUUCUGGACAUAUGAAUAAUCCUGACAGUGUUACCUUGGAGAGUAAUGAAGAAAAUCUUGGUGCUACCAUUGAUUCACUUGGUGCCUCAAUUGGACCAGUGAAUAAAAUAAAGAAGCUCAAAAUAGGCUGUAAAAAUGGAAAUAAAGUCACUUUUCAUAUGGGAGCAGCUGAUGGUAAUUCAAAUGUUUUGGGAGCAAGAGAGGGGAAUGACUCGUUGCUGAAAGAAGCAAACUUGAAGACAAAGGUCAAAUUAGGAUCAGGCGAUGGGCAGCAGUUAAGUGAUAAGGGCUUAGGGGGUGCAGGUGAGGAUGUCAAGAGAACUUGUCUUCCUGAUCUUGCCCUCGUUCUGAAGAAGCUAGUGGAUCGUGGAAAAGUUAGUUUGGAGCAAAUUGCUGCUGAAAUGGGCGUCUCAGAGGCUUCUUUGGCAUCAGGACUCCCUGACAUUCACUUGAGCCCUGAAUUGUAUUCAAAGAUAUUGAAGUGGCUUAAAGAGCAUUCUUACCUGGAUACUCGAGAGAAGGAUUGGAGAACUAAACUUAGCUGCUUGGUGCCUUCAAAAGCUGAGUUAAAAAGUGAUGAUAAUGCUGAUGCUGUUGCUGCAAGAGACUUGGAUAUCUCAGAUGUUUCUGUUAAGUCAGUUCCUCCAAGAAGGAGGACAGUCGGAAAUAUUAGGAUUAUGAAGGAGGACAACGUUAUAUCCUUGUGGAACAACAAAAUGCAAGGGAAUGGUGUAGUAAUAGAGCAAGAAGAUACAAAUGCAGAUCAUGGCAAUUUGAGCGAGGAUUCAAUUUUAGAUGGCAUGGAAGAGAUUAUGGUAGAGACCAGCGGUUUAGAACAUCCUUUGGCGGAACCUUCGCCUACCACUGGAAAUAUUCUGCUGAAACCAAACAGCCUCAGUGAUGUUGAACAUAAUGGAGCAGAAGAGGGUACGUCUUCUGGAAAGAGUUCGUUGUUGGAUUUGGACCAGGAGACUCCUUCCUGUUCUUCUGUAGAUGCAGUCGGCUAUUGUGAUCGAAAUAUUGAACCUGGUAUAGAAUCGUCUGUGCAUCCUUACAUACAGAAGAAAUUGGAUGAAGUGCAAAAUUUGCUUAUUCGAAGAAACCGUGAUGGUAGUAUGGAACGGGAUCUCUGGGAUGUGUCUCAGACCUUAAGUGCUGAGCAUCCAGUUUGUUUUGACGAGGUUGUUGGAAGCAAUGGAGUGAAUUCAAACAACUUGUGUAAGGCUGAUAACAUGGAUGCUGUUGACUUAUUGCCAGAGAAUGAAGUGGUAGGAGAGAUGAUAUUUUUUCAGCAGCAAUUGUUACGCAAUGCUGUUACUUUGAAGCGUCAGAGCGACCAGCUAGUUAGCAAGAUUGUCAGAGAUUUGCCACAUGAAAUGGAUUCAGUGCGGAAACGAAGAUGGGAUUCUGUUUUUACGAACCAGUACAUAUAUGAUCUUAAAGAGGCAAGGAAACAGGGUAGGAAAGAACAAAGGCAUAAGGAAGCGCAAGCUGUGCUAGCUGCUGCUACCGCUGCUGCUGCAGCUUCAUCUAGAGUUUCUUCAUUGAGGAAAGAUGUGGUUGAUGAAUCUUCACCACAAGAGAAUCAGUUGAAGGUGAUUAACGCCAGGCUUCGUGGAAGCCUGUCAUCUCUUUCAGUUGCACAUGCUAAUUUGGAUGGUCCCAAGGCUGUAUCAGAUGGUUACUCUGAUGUGUGUCGCUUUGAAACCGGGAUGCCUCAUGAGCUCCCAAAGUCAUGUGACAUAUGCAGGCGUUCUGAGAGUUUGCUGAAUCCUAUAUUAGUCUGUUCAAGUUGUAAGGUUGCAGUUCAUCUAAAUUGCUAUCGUAGUGUUAAGGAAUCUACAGGUCCCUGGUAUUGCGAAUUGUGUGAAGAAUCAUCAUUGUCAAAGGUUUCUAGAGCUAGUGCUAAUUCAUGGGAGAAGCUCAAUUCCGAUGAAGUAUGUGGAUUAUGCGGCGCUUCGAAUGGUGCUUUUAGAAAAUCAAGUAAUGGUCAAUGGGUGCAUGCAUUUUGUGCUGAGUGGGUGUUUGAUUCAACCUUCAGAAGAGGACAAGUGUCUCCUGUUGUAGGAAUGGAAACUGUGGUGAAAGGGAGUGAUAUUUGUUCUGUGUGUCACAAGAGAUCCGGCGUUUGCAUAAAGUGCAAUUAUGGCAAUUGUCAGUCUACGUUCCACCCAUCUUGUGCUAGAUCUGAUGGAUACUAUAUGUAUACUAAGUACAUUGGUGGAGGCAAGAUGCAGCAUAAAGCUUAUUGUAGUAAACACAGUUUGGAGCAAAGAACAAAAGCUGAAACUCAGAAGCAUGGUGCUGAAGACUUAAAAAUUGUUAAACAACAUCGGGUUGAGCUGGAAAAGUUGCGUCUCCUGUGCGAGAGGAUUGUCAAACGGGAAAAGUUGAAGCGAGAAAUGGUUUUAUGCAACCAUGACAUUUAUGCUUCAAAACGAGACUCUUUGGUUGUCUCCAUGCUUGUCCACCGUCCUUUCUCAUCACAUGAAAGUUCAGAUUCUGCUACCACAUCCCUUAAGGGACAUGUGGAUGGUUCUAGGUCAUGCAGCGAUGCACUACAAAGAUCUGAUGAUGUCACUGUUGACAGUGCAUUAUCAGCAAAGCGGUGCAUCAGGCUUUCACAGUCUACAGAUAAUGAUCAAAAGACAGAAGAUAGUUCAACAUCGCACCAUCUUCCUACUCCAAAGCCUACAGAUAGGGUGUCGUUUGCUGGGAAGCAAAUUCCUGUUAGAGCAGCGUUGGCUAGUCGUAAUUUUUCACCGAGUGUGGAGAAUAGAAUAAAUUCGAGAAAGGCACAUGUACAGCAGAUUGAAACAUUCGAGAAGGAGCUGGUAAUGACUUCUGACCAAGCAUCUGUGAAAAACCGGCGGCUACCAAAGGGAUAUAUCUAUGUUCCUAUUGAUUAUCUUUCCAAUGGGAAGCCGGUGAGUCGGAAUUCUGUUGAAAGAGAAGAGGUAGAUGAGUAGGCUGAUGAGUUUUUAAAUCCAUGACUUGUGCUGCUGGAUAAAUAUCGCGGUUGGCAUUGUUCAUGAUGCUCAUGGGGCUGCAACGGUUCUGGCAUGAGCAUCAAAUUGAUGCCUGGAUGGAGGUUUGGGCUUCACCUCGUGAUAUGGAAUUCUCUUCUGGGUGGAGAAAUUUUGGCAUCAUUUGUUGUAUAUUCGUUCUGAGAGCAAUUGUACAGUGGGUGAGGGUUUGAUCUUUGAUCUGUUUUAAUUGGCUUGAAGUGCUUCCUCCCUUAUCUCAUCCCUGAUGGCAAGAUGCCUUCUGCCUUACCCUUGUAACUGUAAGCAAGCUAAAAGGAAUCACCUGCUGCUGAUGCUUUGUAAAGUUAGUGUACAUAUUCUUAUAGUGUUGUUCCGGAGUAAUGGCUCGGACAUCAGAUUAAUACAGGAAUUAAAUUAUUUUUCUCGAAGUUGUUGAUAUAGAUCUGAUUUGUUCUUGUA